UUAAGCAAGUUAGAAAUUGCCGAUGAGACCUUUUUAAGCCCUGAAACCAGGAGCACAACGUCUACUCAAAGCGAUGAAAUUGUUCCCUCUCAAGCAACAGCCGCAGAAAUGCAGCGUAGCCUUCUGAAUGAGUUCUUGGUGGCUUGGAAUAUACCGCCGCUUCAAAGAAAAUGGUUGGACUUUAGCAGUUGCAGUGAAUCCACUAAGCAAAGGUAUACAAGAAGAUCAAGCGACAUCGUAGCUGCAGUGCUAAAAACAAUUUCUCCCGAAGAUGCUGGCCUUAUUUGGAGAGCCAUGACAUCAACAGCUUCCAUAAAUAAGUUGCUUGGUAUUGAAGAUAUCUCACAAGCAGAUCAGCGUUACCUAGAAGCCCUAACUGAAGCGUAUAAUAACGCCGAUAGCUGGGAUACCCGCCGACAAAUCCUUUCUGUAAUGACUGGUGUUGCUGGUUUUAAAAUUUUAGCCACCUUCAUUCCAGGGCUAACAAGGUACCGGUACUCUAUGGCAAAUCUGCACCGCCUUCAGUUUGGUCGAGGCGCACCUGUACCUCCUCGGGUGUUAACAAGAAUAAAAGUAGAUCUAAAACAGUUAGAUCAUUUUCUGUGCUUUAUCACAAGCCCACACUUAGUACAAGAUCUUCCGUUCGGACAGAAACAGUUGACUCUUUCGACGGGUGAAGUCAUUAAAGUCCCCAACGUGAUAAGAACCAUGAUACCUCAACGAAUCGUGCGUCAAUAUACUCAGUACUGUGAAGAGACUGGCUUUAAGCCUUUUAGUCAAAGCACGAUGUUGCGCGUUUUGUCUCAAUGUAGUGCGUCAGUAAGAAAGUCUCUUCAGGGACUCGAUUACUAUGCCGCGGAUGGUACACGAGCAUUUGAUGACCUGAUAUCACUGAUGCGUAAAAUAAAUGAAGUGGAAAGUGACAUGGAUUGGGAAAGACGAAUGAUCGAGUCGCUCAAAGCUGCUAAGCUUUAUCUAAAAGGAGACUACAAGGUA